GAUGUGGGAAGAAUUGUCUUUCAAAGUUUGCCCGCCACCACCCUAGCGCGCGCUUCAGUAUGGAUAUCGAUACAAAACCUUCAAACAAUCUUCAAGAUGUUCUGGAAACUGAAAUUAAAGAAUGGCAUUUCCACAUAUAUUUUGCACAAAAGAAUGCCGAUCAACAUUACGCAGCCCUUGAACUUCGUGAUGCAGUCCUACGUCUAAGACGAGACGGAGCGUUUGUCGCUGUUCCCCUCUUUCGUGUAAACACAGAACCUAUGGGUCCGCAUCCUAUUGGCUCAUACGAAAUAUGGGUUCCCGCAGAAACGUUCUCAUCCGUAUUUUCCUAUCUCUGUAUGAACCGUGGCAAUUUGAGUGUUUUGGUCCAUCCCCUUACAAGAGAUGAACGUCUUGACCACGAAUUACGCUCUGCGUGGCUCGGCCCCUCCCUCCCUCUAGAUUUGUCUACUCUUCCAUUGAGAUCGGAUGAAAUACCUUUACAAUAUCCCAGCCUCCGGCUUGGUUAUUCUUCAGCGACGACUCCGUUGAGCUUGGAUGACAGACGAAGACUGGGCGCAAAUGUCGAAAACCUACUGAAGAAUGAGAAAGGAGCCGCUCGAGCUCCUUCGGAUUGAAUCACUUGCUUCCUUCAAGGAUGCCUUCACAGUUUACUCCUAGGCUUUAGUAUGGCAGAUUUAGCGAAUUGAAUUAAGUACAGUAACAAUGUUGCAGCUUUUGUAGGAUCUAGCGGGAAAUCAACCUGAAUCAACUCGUGUGUCUGUCCAACGGAGGAAUACUUACCGCCGGGGACGCUGUGAUGGUGCCCUGAUGGCGGUGAAGGCGAUGAAAAGCAUUUUUCUGAAUGUUCGCAC